UGGUGAAAACCAGAGGGAACAUACAACCUCUAGCUGAGGUCCUGUAGACGGACCUGGGGAGCCGCUGAUGACCGGUAGCAGUGGUAGUAUGGUCGCUUUCACCUCGGUUUAGGGCUUCCCAGCAGCGCCCGCCCCCGGGGGCUGGCCCCAGACUCCGGGCUCCAGCAAAGGGGCGGGAAGAAGGCAGUUAGCAGAGAGGGGCAAGAGUCUGGAAGAAAUCGCACGCCUCCAGCCUCACGGGCCGGCGCUUAGACGAGGCGGCCACAACGAUCGGAAGAGAAAAGAGGGAAGGGGAGGAGGAGGAAGCUGCAGUUGACUAGGGAGGCGGAUCCUCUUGGCUGCGGCUUCUGGUGUGCGUGUACAACGCUCCGCGAUCCCCGUCGGUAAGGUGCCAGCCAGGUGACUCUCUCUAAGGGAGAGGAAACCCCCGUGGUCCCCAUAGAGCGCGCCGCGGAGAGGAGAGCGCACGCCGCAAGAGCAGCUGGCGUUGCGUUAUGGUGUCAGUGGCGCACGGAGUCUCCGGAGCUUAGAGCCUCUCGGCAGCUCCGCGGCACAGGUCUGCUAAGAGCCCGGCCAGCCCUAGACUGAGAGGAAGCGCUUUUUUCCUUCUCACCCAAUAGCUCAUCCCUAACCCUUCUAUCCCGAGCCUUGCAUCCAGGGAGAAACACGGCCACGGAGGCGCCCAGGAGGGGAGACGCGCCGCCGGCUAGCGGCGUCCCUCCGGGAGAAAGAGCGCCAGAGAAGAGGCGGCGCCGCGGUGGAGGCGGCGGCGGUGGUGGCGACGGCGAGGGCGCAGCGCGAGAUGGCAGCUGCCUAGCCCGGCGGGCACGGAGCAGCCCCGAGCUGUGGUUGGCCAGACGGGGCGGCUGGGUGGUGGACCCCACCGCGGCCGCCGGAGAGCCCCUGGAAGAGAUGAGUGCGGAGGAUAGCGAGGGCAUCACUUUCCCGGUGCCCCCGUUCAGCCCCCCGGGCUUCUGCACCUUCCAGGAGGGCGGCAGCAGCCGAAGGGGUGGAGCGGCGGCGCCUGCAGCUGCUGCUCCUGGCGAGGGGAGUCAGCUCCCACCACCGCCCCCGCCUCCCGGCAGCUUCUGGAAUGUGGAGAGCAGUGGCACCUCUGCCGCCUGCACAGGGGGCAUCUCGGCUGCAGCGGUUGCGAGCGGGGCCCCGAGCGCCCCCCGAAGUCGGGGCAACUCGACUGGCGCCGGCGGCAGCAGUCGGAGAACCGCCGUGGCUUAUGUGAUUAACGAAGCGAGCCAGGGGCAGCUGGUGGUGGCUGAGAGCGAGGCCCUGCAGUGCCUGCGGGAGGCGUGCGAGGCGGUGGGCGCUGCGCUGGAGACCCUGCAUUUUGGCAAACUGGACUUCGGGGAAACCGCGGUGUUGGAUCGCUUCUACAAUGCAGAUAUCGCUGUGGUCGAGAUGAGUGAUGCUUUCCGCCAGCCUUCCUUGUUUUACCAUCUUGGGGUGAGAGAGAGUUUCAGCAUGGCCAACAAUAUCAUCCUCUACUGUGAUACCAAUUCAGAUUCUCUUCAGUCAUUGAAGGAAAUCAUUUGUCAGAAGAAUACUCCUAAGCCCUAUAACCAUCAACCUGGGCAGCAGCCACUGUGGAACUGCCACCUGGCAAAGCUUCUGCUGGUGCUGCAGCCAGAAAAGGAAGUUCUCACCACCAAAGGCCUUGGCACUAGGAAGUGGUUCAGCAUCAGAAACAAUAUGCUUUUUUCAGUAGGAGUUAAAGAAGACACAUGA